UGAACGCUGACGUCACCAUUAAUUUUCUGCGUUGUGGCAAUGAUGCAUUGAUGGGUCGUAUGGCUGAUAAAACUCCUUGAAAUAAUCGCGUUAUACGGCCGGACAGUGGAUACUCCGUGUCUGAACACGAGUUCAGUUUAUUCUCUGUGGUGUGGAAAAGUCCGUUACUCUUUACAUAACAACUCGACCCUUACAAACUGUGACAAAUGUCCCUUGAAAGUGUGUUUGCGAACCCCCCGCCCAAGGUCGGGGGAAAAUCAGACAAAGGAGGCGAAAACGAAAGCCGCGAGGAAGGAGAGUUAUUGGAGGAUGGAGAGAUUGAUGAUGAUGAUGAUGAGGAUAAUGAUAUUCCCAGCCCUGCAGCAGCACAGUUCGUUACCCAAACUUGGAAAGGUCAUGCAGAUGAGCAACCAGAAACAGCACAUUCCAAUGUCGCUUCUGGGUCAUGCACACUUGUCAGUGAUGGCGCUCAUCGACUGGAGGGCGGACAUGAUGAGGAGAAAAAGGGGAGGAAAAGAGAUUCGCGCAAACGAAGAAAAGCACGUUUGCAAGAGAGAAAGAAGACAGUACGUGAGUCAACGAUAAAGACACGGCAGGAAGAUGGAGACUGGCAGAUUGCAGACCAGCUAUCACGAGGCGACCCGGUAUCUGAGUUGGAGGAGAGGCUGGCAGAUCAUGACCCUUACGCAGAUGCUGAAGAAGCUGAAGAGGGAGAACUCAAGGAAAAGAAAAAGAAGAAAAAGAAGAAACGGCGGCUGGGAGUGGCAAACACCACCAGUACAGACCCCCACCCUUCGCAGCAGAUGCCCCACCUAGGAUACUUGGACCACGAACAUGGAAGUGACAAAGAUUCUUUUCUCAGGGAGGCAUCCCCCAGGGAUUGGCCCCCUCCUCCACCAGGUGCAGUUCAAAGGAAGGAGUCUGACCACUAUGUGAGCUCAGGGCAAGAAGACGAGGAGGCCGAGAAGCCAGGCAGGAGGUCAACAAAGCGCCGUCACCGCCGGUCGGCCUCAUAUGAGAGCCCUUAUGAUGACAGGAGUCCAUUUAGUGGUGGCAGUGAAGACUAUGAUGAUGGCUUUUACAAUCGGCCACCAGCUAGCAAGAGACGACAGAAUCGUUUACAAGAGCAACGAAUGCGACCUCACCAGCCAGCGGCACCUGCUGGUAACAACAGCGCAGAGGAGGAUGAAGGAGAAGUCGAUGACUAUACGUACAUGCUCAAACGUGAGAUGACUACCCAUGCAAGUAUUUCCAUGCUGGUGUUCCUUGUUACCAAGGAGAGAAGUGCAAAUUUUCACAUAGUCUUUUAACCAGUGAGACAAGGCCUGUCUUGGAAAAGAUCCUGAUGAAGGAACAGGAGAGGAAAGAUCAAAAGAGACGCGAACACUCAAAUGAAGAAGACAGUCCUGAAAUCAAACAGUCACCUGUAAAACGCAGCCUACUUGGGAUGCCUCCCAUCACUGUCAUCCAGGAAAUGCAAACCCUCAAGGAAAAGGAGAAGACAUUGCCGCGGCUCUUAGACCUAGAGUUGCAUCCCGUACCAAUCAAGGAACCACCGAGUUUCUACAAAGAAGUGGAAGAGAGGUCGCCAGAACAUGAGAGACACAGCAGGCCGCCGAUGGCACUGAGAGGGUCGGGCCGACCUCGCUAUCGUGACCCUGUUCACGACUUCAUGGACAGGGGGCGCAGUCACGGGCGUGGCAGAGGGCGUGGCCGGGGUCGGGGCAUGCAGCACAGACAGCAGCAGGCAUGGGACAGUGGGCAGGACUAUUUCAGUGACGAAUAUCAGGAUUUCCCGAACAAGGGCUACAACUAUGACGAGUUUGCCAAUGAGCACAAUAACGGCAACGAAGGGUUCAGUCCCUACCAGCAGCAGGGUUACCACAGCGAAAACGAGCAAUUCCUUCAGCAGCAGCAGCAACAAGUAGAUAAAUUUUCUGAGGCUAACGGUGAGCGACAGUUUGAAGAAGAGGACAUGCCAAGAAGGGAGGAAGACCAAAGGUCAGACGACGAAGCUGCUGACCACCGGCUGAAGCCUGACGAUGCAGACAAUGUGCUCGCACACAUGCCGGCCACGCAGCGCCAGUUGUUUCUGCGCAUCCAGCAGCAGCAGCAGCAACAUCGUGAGAGCGAGGGCGAUGAGGAGCAGGGCAGCGUCGACGGUGAGGUUUCGCAGUCAUCAACGUUGACCACGAUGACCGACGCCCGCGACUCAGGUGCAGUUGAGCCACCCAAGCCAAAAAAGGAGGAUGAGGACUGGUAUUCUAGUGAUGAGGAGGGAGACGGGGCACUUACUGCAGUCCUAAAACAGAUGAGAGAUGAGAAGCCGUCGUCUAUACUGACUGCGGCAUCUAGUUCCUCCCAAGAGACCUCUAGCCUUGCACAGUCAAGCAAAAAGGUGACGCCACCAACAACAUCGGCAAUCGAUGUUGCAUCAAUGCUGUCCGCUCUUCGCAAGAAGGUGACGCAGGUACAGCAGCUGCAAAAGCCAGCAGAUGUGGAUAUGAGGAUGGAUCCGAAGAAGCCGCAGGAUGUAGACCUGCGAGAGCUGACCUACGACCCCGGCAGACGAGAAAGGCGGAACUCCAGCAGUAGCUCUUCCUCGGGGACCAGGCGACCUAGUGGGGAGGGUCGCUUCCACCUGAUGCCUGUCAUGGUGAGAAAGCCGGAUAGGGGAAGUCUCCGGCAGAUGCUCGUGCAGAAGAAAGGUUCCGAUCCCAACCUGGAGAAGGACCCGCGUGUGCAAAAGCUUCUCAAGGAGAAUCCGUCUCUGCCGGAGAUCCUGUUGCCGGACGUUCCCGACAUUAAGAUGAACACGUCGCUCAGCGGCAUGCCGACACUGCCAGACAUUCAACUGCCGACGAUCAACAAACCUAAGCCAGGAGACCCGCGGCUGAAGGUGCAGAAAGCUGAUCCGAGAGCUGCUACGGCGACGACAGCGAGCGCAGACCCAAGAAGUAAGGCCGUCGACCCGAGAGCGGCAAAGUCAGCAGACAUGCGCGGUGUGGGUGCUGCUGCAAACAAGCUGGCUGACCCCCGUCCUACAAAGGUCGAUCCACGCCUGGCGCGCAUACAGAGUCAGCAGCCUGGCAAUAUGUCGCCGUCAGUGAGUGCCGGCGACUCGAGGUGGCCUGCAGCGUCUAUGCUGCCUAAUCUUGGAGCUGGUGGAAUGCCUUUAGGGGUGCCUAUUCUGCCAAAUGUUCCUCCAGCUCCCCCUGCCCUGCCUAGUUUAAUGGGACUAGCACUGACCGGUGGACCACCACUAAGUUUAAGAGUACCCUUGGGCAUGUCUGUAGGUCUGAGGGGAGAAAGUAUAGGUGGUGGUUUUCUAGGACCCCACGGUGGACGCAUAAGGCAGCCAAAUUUAAAUUAUCCGAUGCCGCCGGGUGUCAUGGGCCCUGGACCAUUCGGUCACGUGCAAGGGCCGUUCCCGGACAACCUACGCAUACCCCUAGGUUCACGAGAUCCUCGAGGGUCACGACUGCCCAGGCCUCCCCAGCCACGACCUCUUUUUCAGGGGAUGGCAGCAGGAGUUAAGCUUGAUGGCAGUAUAGAUGAAGAGGCAGGAGAGCAGGAGCCUUCUCCCACUGUUACGAAGCGUAACGACAUUGACGCGCUGCCUCAGACCGACGAAACUAAGGACGGUGAGGGCGCAGCCGUCGGAAAAGUUGCCGACAAGAAGUGCAAGUUCGAAUACAGUUCGCCGCUUGGAGCGUUUGAUUCACAGCCAGCAGCCGAUGGCUAUAACAGCUACAAUCGGCCAAAACGAAAACAAGAGCCCACACAUGUGGAUACGAAUCCCCCACCAUUGACCAGAAAGGCAACUGUGGAAAUGAAGCCAGCUCCGAAGCAGGACAUUGAUGAGCGAAAGAGUGAUGUUGACGAGCGCGUGACAGCAGAAGCUCCGAAAGUGAACCUCGUACUAGACGUUCCAAAACCUGAUAAACCGCUAAGUGACGUGUUUAAGAGCUUUGAUCCCACGGCUUCACCAUUUUGCUAGUCUCCCUGAAUGUGCCACUACCCAGCUUAACACAACCCACACUGGUUGGCAGCAGGUUGUGUUCGAUGUUCAAUGAUUUACUGCCAGUGCGAAGAAGUAGUGAAGUAGUGAAGUCAGUUCCUUGAACAUCAUUGUGCAGACAAUUCUGAGCAUGUGCUAUGAAAGCCCACGACUUUCUGUCCUUUGCUACUUGGCAACUAGAGGAAUAAAGGAAUGAAUGUACAGUGUAUGAAAACAGUUACUUACCAUGGAUAAUAUUAUGGUGAAUAUACUGCUGAUCUUGCAACAAAUUUUAUUAGGAAUAACAUAAUAUUGAAUAGUAGUUAUGGGUGAUGCCAACAGCUAAGCCUGCUUGCCUGUCGUCGUGCCUAGGCUGUUCCGUGGCAGCAUUCUGACAAUUGCCUAAAUUAUGUGUAUCAGUAGACUUGUUUGGCAGGUUUUUUUUAGCUUAGGCAACCUACCAAAUAUAGUCUGUAAUUAUUGACUUGUUGAAAUGUUAUGUACUCGCUGUAAAUUCUCAAACAGCACGAUUUAUGUAUUUAACUGGUUCAAUUAUGACGUACACAGCAGGCAUACAUAUGGGAAAUUGUUGUUCAUAGUGAGCCCUAGUGGGUUGUAUUGAAUGUAUGAUGUAAAUAUUGAAGUAAUAUGAAGUAAAUUGUAAUGUUUUUUUCCAGAAA